ACACAGGGAGAGAGAGGGAGAGAGAGAGUCCCUCCCGCAGCUCCCGGCCAUGGCCGAACCGCUACUUCGCAAAACUUUCGCUAAACUCCGGGCCAGGAGGAGGAAAAGUUUAAAAAACGGCCGGAGUGAAGAAUCCGAUGUUUCAGAAAAAUCGCCAGGUGCUGUGUAUCCAGAAGCAGCCCAGGAUCCCAGGCAGGAGGCCAGUGAGAUACAAACCAGUAGAACAGACUCAGCCGAUGUGCAUGAGAGGCCCAGUGAGUGGCUGCCAUCCUCGGGUGAAUCCCAGACCAUUGCCAGUGGUCGUGUGGAUUAUGGUGGCUCUUCCCUAUCCCCUGUCAGCCUGGCAUCGCGGACCAUCCAGGUUCCAGGCGCCAGUGAAACCUCAAGGACCCAGGGCGCCUCGGAGGAGGGUGAGAUAUGGUACAAUCCCAUCCCGGAGGAUGGGCACCUGAUGCGGCUUCCCUGGAGACCGAAGACCAGCCGAGCGCAGUGGUACGUGGAGGUGCCCUCUCCAACUGGGGCUGGGCCCCCUCCCAGCGACAGGGUGAGGCAGCACGGCAGUGUCGAGGCUGUGCCAGGUGGCAUGGGCACGGUACAGGAGCAGCGGGCAGCAAGGUGUGCUGCCAAGUCGUCGCCCCCAUCCACCCAUCAACCCUUGCCCUCAGUACCAAUGGCUUGUGUGUCGUGGAGUGGGGACCAGGCAGGGAGCAGUGCACAGAAACUCUCAGGUGCUGCAGCAGAGGAGAGGCCCGAGAUGGUCCGGGGGAAGUCUCCACCGUCACCGUCGGCAACGAGCCCUCGGCCGCCCAAGAAGACAUCUGGGGCCCGGCGCUCACUGUCAGACCGGGUUAAGUCACCGGGCACGGUGCGGCGGCUCUCCAUCAAGAUGAAGAAGCUGCCAGAGCUGAGGCGCAAGCUGAGCCUGAGAGGUUCCCCGCGGGGCGGCCGCCAGGCUGGAGACACUGGGAGGCCUCCGUCUCCAUCCCCGUCCCCAGCCUCGAGUAUCUCACCGUCCGUCUCCAACGUGCUGUGCCGCUACCACCUGGACAGCAGCGUGUCAGCCCGCGGGAGCCUGUGGCCUCGGGCCAAGCCGAAGCGGAGGGCCAGCACCAAGGCCCUGGGCCGGCCUGGCUACCUGAGUGACGGUGACUCCCCUGAGCUGCAGGCGAGGCCCGGGCCUCAGGCUGGGCACGAGGCCCAGGGCCCUGGGUCGCCAGGCACGGACAGCCCCAGGCUCGACCCGGCCGCCUUCCGUCCGUACGAUGGUGGAGGAGGAGGGGAGGAGCAGCGGCGAGGCCUACAGCACCUCUCGGGCCUCAUCAACGUGCGGCUGUAUGGGGUCGAACUGCCCCGAGCUGGUCCCGCUGAUAUCUGCUGUGCCAUCCAGGUGGACUCGGUCAGUAAGGCCCGUACUGCUGCCCUCAGCUGCCGCCGUGGCCCUUUCCUGGGCCUUGACCACACCUUCAACCUGGAGCUGGAGCGUUCCCGCCUGCUCACUCUGCUGCUCUUCAGCUGGGACCCAGCCUCGGCCCGCAACCGGCUCUGCUGCUACGGCACUGCAGCACUACCGCCACUCUUCACAGGUGCCCGCACACACCAGCUCGCCAUGAAGCUGGAGCCUCGGGGAGUCCUCUACCUGAAGGUGUCGCUGGUGGAGCUUUGGGAGGUCCCUCUGAGCUGUGCCGAGGAUCAGCGAGAGCCCAGGGUAUUCCGGAUGGAGCUCAGUGACUUGGUGCAGCGGGAGAAUUCCGGAGUCAGUGUUCCGCUGCUCAUACAGAAAUGUGUCUCAGAGAUCGAGAAACGUGGCCUAAAAGCUGUGGGUCUGUACCGUCUCUGUGGAUCAGCUGCUGUGAAGAAAGAGCUCCGAGACUCCUUCGAGCGUGACAGUGCAUCUGUCGAUCUCUCUGAGGAAAUCUACCCUGACAUCAACGUCAUCACAGGCAUCCUCAAGGACUACCUCCGGGAGUUGCCAUCGCCCCUCAUCACUAAGACUCUGUACGAGGUGGUGCUGAAGGCUACUGCUGCGUGGCCCUUAAAGAUGACCAUGGGCGUGCCAGAUGCCAGUCCCAGUGCCCCCAAUGCUGUGGCUCUGCUUGAUUGCCUGCCUGAAGCUGAGAAGGCCACUCUAACCCUGCUCCUUGACCAUCUGAGCCUGGUGGCUUCCCUCCAAGACUCCAACAAGAUGACCUGCCAGAACCUGGCGGUCUGCUUUGGGCCCGUACUCCUAGGCCAGAAGCAGGAAGCCUCUCAGUCUGGCAGCCGUACAUCCUGUCAGGACCUCACCAGUGCCGUGGACUUCAAGAUGCACAUCGAGGUUCUGCACUACCUGCUGCAACUGUGGCCCAGUGACCGGACCAAAGCGAAACGGGACAGGGUGUCAGAGCAGUCGUGGGCCUCCCACCGCCAGCCCCCAGCCCCUGUCCCCGAUGAGGUAGUUUGCCGGAGCCGGACGGGGCGUACCGCUGGCUCAUCCCGGAACCGCCAUGCCGGGGACUGGAGCGGUUGUGGCAGGAGCUACCUUGGCCAGGCCGAGGGUAGCCGGGGUACUGAGCUGGGCAGGGGCAUCAGGGACACGGAGGGGGAGGAGGAUGAAGAGGAAGCCAACCGCAGGCAAGAUGGCAGCUCCUACCCCAGCAGAAGCAGCGAGCUGGACUUUGAGUCAUCCAUCAUGGGCCGGACGAAGGAAUUUGACAGUCUGAUCGCUGAUAUCGAGCGGGAGCUGGCCAAAAAAAUCAUCUUCCUCUAAACUUUGAGCCUUACCGUUGGUGAAGGUGGAGCCCAGUCUGUAAACAGCCGCUGAGCCGAGAGCCCGGGGCCUGGGCCAGUGACCGGAUGAUGCCAAAGGGGUGCCACGCAGCAUGAAACUAUAUUUCCCAUGUCACCAAGCCAGCGUGUGCAAUUCCCACUGUGCAAUAUGUGACUGCGAAGGGCAUUAGCCUGGAUUUAGGUUUGGUCCCACUUCAUGGGAAAUUGGCUGCUUGAUUUGGUCACAUUUACUGAUUGGCCCCACCGCUGC